AGCAUCACACCGCAUCACAUCGCAUCACACCCCAUCACAUCGCAUCACACCCCAUCACAAGGCAUCACACCGCAUCACAAGGCCUCACAAGGCAUCACACAGCAUCAUAAAGCAUCACAAGGCCUCACAAGGCAUCACAAGGCAUCACACAGCAUCAUAAAGCAUCACAAGGCCUCACAAGGCAUCACAACGCAUCACACAGCAUCACAAAGCAUCACAAGGCCUCACAAGGCAUCACAAGUCGUCACAUGGCAUCACAAGUCGUCACACGGCAUCACAAGGCGACACACGGCAUCACACAACAUCACAAAGGAUCACAAGGCAUCACACAGCAUCACACAGUAUCACAAGGCAUCACAAGGCCUCACAAUGCGUCACAGGGCAUCACAAGGCCUCAUAAGGCAUCACACGCAUCACAAGGCCUCACUUAGGCAUCAUACUGCAUCACAAGGCAUCACACAACAUCACAAGGCCUCACUUAGGCAUCACACCCCAUCACAAGGCAUCACACCGGAUCACAAGGCCUCACAAGGUAUCACACAGAAUCACAAGGCAUCACAAAGCCUCACACAGCAUCACAAGGCCUCACAAGGCGUCACUCAGCAUCACAAAGGAUCACAAGGCGUCACACAGCAUCACAAGGCCUCACAAGGCAUCACACAACAUCACAAGGCCUCACACAGCGUCACAAAGGAUCACAAGGCAUCACACAGCAUCACAAGGCAUCACAAGGCCUCACACAGCAUCACAAAGGAUCACAAGGCAUCACACAGCAUCACAAGGCCUCACAAGGCCUCACAGGGCAUUACACAGCAUCACAAGGCAUCACAAGGCCUCACUCAGGCAUCAUACUGCAUCACAAGGCAUCACACAACAUCACAAGGCCUCAAGUAGGCAUCAUACUGCAUCACAAGGCAUCACACAACAUCACAAGGCCUCACAAAGGAUCACAAGGCAUCACACAGCAUCACAAGGCAUCACAAGGCCUCACACAGCAUCACAAAGGAUCACAAGGCAUCACACAGCAUCACAAGGUCUCACAAGGCCUCACAAGGCAUCACACAGCAUCACAAGGCCUCACUUAGGCAUCAUACUGCAUCACACAACAUCACAAGGCCUCAAGUAGGCAUCAUACUGCAUCACAAGGCAUCACACAACAUCACAAGGCCUCACUUAGGCAUCACACCCCAUCACAAGGCAUCACACCGCAUCACAAGGCCUCACAAGGCAUCACACAACAUCACAAGGCCUCACAAGGCGUCACAAGGCGUCACUCAGCAUCACAAAGGAUCACACAGCAUCACACAGCAUCACAAGGCCUCACUUAGGCAUCAUACUGCAUCACAAGGCAUCACACAACAUCACAAGGCCUCAAGUAGGCAUCAUACUGCAUCACAAGGCAUCACACAACAUCACAAGGCCUCACAAAGGAUCACAAGGCAUCACACAGCAUCACAAGGCCUCACACAGCAUCACAAAGGAUCACAGGGCAUCACACAGCAUCACAAGGCAUCGCAAGGCCUCACAAGGCAUCACACAGCAUCACAAGGCAUCACAAGGCCUCACUUAGGCAUCAUACUGCAUCACAAGGCAUCACACAACAUCACAAGGCCUCAAGUGGGCAUCAUACUGCAUCACAAGGCAUCACACAACAUCACAAGGCCUCACUUAGGCAUCACACCCCGUCACAAGGCAUCACAAGGCCUCACAAGGCAUCACACAACAUCACAAGGCCUCACAAGGCGUCACAGGGCGUCACUCAGCAUCACAAAGGAUCACACAGCAUCACAAGGCCUCACACAGCAUCACAAGGCCUCACCUAGGCAUCACACAACAUCACAAGGCCUCACACAGCAUCACAAAGGAUCACAAGGCAUCACACAGCAUCACAAGGCCUCACAAGGCAUCACAAGGCCUCACACAGCAUCACAAGGCAUCACACAGCAUCACAAGACCUCACAAGGCAUCACACAACAUCACAAGGCCUCACACAGCAUCACAAAGGAUCACAAGGCAUCACACAGCAUCACAAGGCCUCACACAGCAUCACAAAGGAUCACAGGGCAUCACACAGCAUCACAAGGCAUCGCAAGGCCUCACAAGGCAUCACACAGCAUCACAAGGCAUCACAAGGCCUCACUUAGGCAUCAUACUGCAUCACAAGGCAUCACACAACAUCACAAGGCCUCAAGUGGGCAUCAUACUGCAUCACAAGGCAUCACACAACAUCACAAGGCCUCACUUAGGCAUCACACCCCGUCACAAGGCAUCACAAGGCCUCACAAGGCAUCACACAACAUCACAAGGCCUCACAAGGCGUCACAGGGCGUCACUCAGCAUCACAAAGGAUCACACAGCAUCACAAGGCCUCACACAGCAUCACAAGGCCUCACCUAGGCACCACACAACAUCACAAGGCCUCACACAGCAUCACAAAGGAUCACAAGGCAUCACACAGCAUCACAAGGCCUCACAAGGCAUCACAAGGCCUCACACAGCAUCACAAGGCAUCACACAGCAUCACAAGGGAUCACACAGCAUCGCAAGGCCUUACACAGCAUCACAGGGCCUCACACAGAAUCACAAGGCCUCACAAGGCAUCACACAGCAUCGCAAGGCCUUACACAGCAUCACAAGACCUCACACAGCAUCACAAGGCCUCACAAGGCAUCACACAGCAUCACAAGGCCUCACACAGCAUCACAAGGCCUCACACAACCACACAAGGACUCAUACGGUAUCACAAGGCAUCACACAGCAUCUCAAAGCCUCACAAGGCAUAA